AUGCUACACAAAAGAUGUGUAACAAAAUUAAUAAUAAUGAAUAGGAACUAGAGCUAUAAUAAAAGCAAGAUUAUUUAUAAGAUGAAGAAGAAUAGUUAUAAUAAUAGAAAAAGGAAGUAGUAAAUUUAUAUACUUGUCAAACAAAUUUUAAAUGA